AUGCCGGCGAGGAUGAGAAUGAGGUGGACGGCCUACGCGGGGGUCUCUACAGCCCUGGCCGCCGGCGUCGUCCUCAAAGCUCUCGCGCAGCGACCCAACUUCUACUCCGCCGCCGUCUACCUGUCGCAGUCCUCUGCCAACCUCAUGAUUCUGACGAACCUGCUUUUCGUCAUCGCCUGCUCAUUCCUGCUCGGCCUACAGAAGCUACUCUAUGGCAACCUGCGCCGGAUCGAGAUCGAACAGCUCUACGAAAAGGCAUGGUUUGCCGUCACGGAGACGUGUCUAGCUAUGACGGUCUUCCGCGGGGAAAUCGGCCUCACAUUCCUCGCCAUGUUCUUCUCCCUGCUCACCGGCAAGGUCUGGGGCUGGAUAGGUGAAGGCCGGGUGGAAGUGUUGGAGCAACAACCACCGCGCAACCCCAGACUGUUCCAUACACGUCUGGCAUUGAGCUUGGGGCUCAGUGUCGCUUUCGAUCUGACGAUGCUCGAAUACGUGGUAAGGCGGGUCAUGAGAAUGGCCCGCCCGGAUAUGAUGGUCAUGUUCGGCUUCGAGUUCGCCGUCCUCUCGGUCACGAGCAUCAGCACCGCCAUGAGGUAUGCGAUCGACCUGGUCGAGAUCGGGAUCGUCCGUGAGCAGAAGAGACAUCGCAUAGAUGAGAUUAAGCGCGAGCGCGUCCAGGCCGCUGUCACACAGCUCCAAGAGAGCCUGAACGGACAGGCAGCCGGCCCACCCUCAUCCGACGCUGGAGAAGCGACGGCGACGACGGCAUCCGCGCCCACGCCGACUCAGCAUACCCUGGAGCAGGUGUCGCAGGAGGCCCUCAACCAACCGGUCGACGAAAACGAGGUUGAAGUGGAAGGUUGGGAGGACAAAGGCCGCUACAUGUUCUACCUGAACUUGGCCACCGAUUUCUUCAAACUUGUCAUCUAUCUUGCUUUCUUCUUUAUUCUUCUUGUAUUCUACGGACUGCCCAUCCACAUCUUGCGCGAUGUGUUCUUGACGAUGCGCUCCUUCUUGAAACGAAUUUCGGACUUUAUGAAAUACCGGACCGCGACACGGGACAUGAAUGCGCGAUACCCGGAUGCCACGGCGGAGGAUAUCGGGCGGGAAGAUGUGUGUAUCAUAUGCAGGGAGGAGAUGCAUCCUUACCAACCGGUCGUUGCAGAGCCGGGUCAACCGCAACCGCGACCGAAUCCAGUCGCGGAGAGGAUGAGGCCCAAGAAGUUGCCCUGUGGGCAUGUUCUACACUUUUCUUGCCUGAGAAGUUGGCUCGAGAGACAGCAGAUAUGUCCGACUUGCAGGGCGAAUGUGGUCCGCACGGACGGAGCCCAGACGGCAAACGCAGCUGGCGGAGCAGGUGGAGCUGGACAAGCAAACGGUGGUCAACAUCCACCGGGGGCAAGACCAGGGCCGCGAGUCUUUCAGUUUGGUCCGCUGAGGAUAGGUGUCGGAGCUGCCCGGGGGAACAACAUGUUCGAAGAACUCCAGCAGCAGCUGGGAGACGCAGCUGCCCCUGUCGCCCGAGGGCAGCCCCAGAAUCCGGGCCCAAAUGCACCACGGCAAUUUGGCGUAGGCCUCCGGUGGUCACGGCGACGGCCGACAGAAAACCUGACGACCCAACAACAGCUUGACGCUUUGGAGACGCGAAUCACCCAGGAACUCCAGGAUCUGUCCCACAGUUUGCGGGAGGUAAAUGUCUUGCGCUUAAUGCAGGCCGAGUUGCAGAGAUUGAGGAAUCAGCGUGCGGUAGAGGGCUCGAGACAAGCAAAUCCUACGACCCAACCCCCGGCGCCAGCGGCAGCACCCCUUCCACCCCCGCCACCCCCUCCACCACGCACCGUCCAACGCACGACGACCUUGGUCUCGGACAAUCAUACAAUCCUCCACGCUGGGAGUGACAGACUCCCAGCUGGACUCACCCUACCCGAAGGUUGGACCAUAAUGCCCUUACAGCCUCAGGCAACCCACCAGCAAUAUCAUGACGGGCAGGUACGCACUUAUCCACCUCAGCCUCUGGUGCCUUUUGGAGGGAUGCCGAUGGUUCCACCGCGCUUUCAACAGCAUCCCUUCAAUGUGAUGCCACAGCCGCCGCAGCCGCCGCCGCAGCCUCCUCAGGUCCAAUCUCGCCCCGAACCCAAUACUGCGAUCAAUGGCCCAACUGGUGGUCCCACGACCAACGGUGCGCAACUCGAACCUCCCGGCACUCAGAGUCAGCAGCUGCCUGCACCUGCAGGAGGCCUACACGUGGAUGAAGUUAGAUUCACGUGGCCGCAAUGGGGGACGCUGACCCACGAGCAGCUGCACCAACAAAUCCACCAACAGCACCACGCGCAGGGGCUGGCUAGCUUGAGGAACCAGAAUGACCAGAGAGCGGCAGACAGUGCAGGCGCAGGUAUCAUCGAUGCGACUGGUGCCGCGCCUGAGCUGUCUACGGCGGUACCAACAGAAGAGGAAAGCGGCCUCUUAGCGGAGCUGCGUGGGCGAGCAGACGAACAACGACGGGGAGAAGUAGCAGGAUCAAAUUCCCCUCAAGCCUCCUCCACGCCUGCUCCUGCAUUACCGGCUUGGGGAUCGGCUAUUCCUAGGCCUACGAAUGGUGAAUCCAGCAGUAUCGAUACAGGCGCUGGGACUUCGGAGCCACAGACCAAUAGCAACCAUGACCAUGAAGCAGUGGGCGCGUCUGAGGCGGCGUCAACGUCGUCGUCGCAGCCGAAGAAUAGGCAUCCGACUGUGGAAGAUCUGGUCGAGGAUCCAGAUUAA